GUUUACAUGUGUUUGUGAUUAUUAUCUUUGGUGCGAGUGGCCGUAGUUACAAUGAAUGAGUUAUUUCUGUAAUUUACGAUAUCUGUCAAAAAGCUGCAGUAGCUGAUGGAUGUAUUGUAGGUCAGUUGCCACAGUCUUUACUUGCCUUCAGAUGUAUGCUAUUUGCGUGGAGUUUGUGUUUACUUAACCUAUGCGAGUGAUACCGGGGUCCCGUACUUUUCUGAAUGUCUAUGUUCGCGUUGGGAGUUUUAUGUUCCAAAUGAAUUCAUCCUUCUGUACGGAAAAAAUAAGUGUUCUUCGCACGAGUAGCAGAACAUUUUUGCAGUUUCAGACUUGUAUUAUGAUCACCCUCACACGAAAGCUGAAGAAAGAAACUGAUGCUCCUCCGAACACGCCGACCGAUGCAAAUAAACGCGUUUCUGUGAGGGACAAGCUUCUGGUGAAAGAGGUUCAAGAAAUGGAGCAAACUUUGCCUGUCACUUGCAAGGUCCACUUUGACAAUCCAGAUAUUCUGUAUGAUUUUACUUUAACGGUAAUGCCAGAUGAAGGAUACUGGAUGGGUGGUCGUUUCGUGUUCCACAUUCAUGUUACUGAAGAGUAUAACAUGGCUCCUCCAUCAGUAAAAUGUCUAACAAAGCUAUGGCAUCCAAAUAUCAGCGAGGAUGGUGACAUCUGUCUUAGUUUAUUAAGACAAAAUUCUAUAGAUGGGAUGGGCUGGGCACCAACACGAAAACUGAAGGAUGUGAUAUGGGGAUUAAAUUCUCUCUUUACGGAUCUUCUGAAUUUUGAUGAUCCACUCAACAUAGAGGCAGCAGAGCUUUACACUAGGGACAAGGAUGCAUUUCGAAGCAAAGUUCGUGAAUAUGUAAAUAAAUUUGCAAAGAGAUGACUACAUCAUGUUAUGUUAAGUGCAGCAUUUAUUUUUGUUGAAAGCAAAGUUUUGCUGUUCUGACAUAUCUAACUCCUUCUGAAGUAUUAAGGAAUUAAAAAAAAAGAAAAAAAAAACUUGUGCUGUAUUAAGAAUGUGUGCUAUUUCUGUAAUGAAAUGUGUUGUGUUAGUAUUAUUUAUAGCAACAAAUGAAAAACCUGUGGCAUAAAGAGAGGAUGUUUGCUUCACUGUAUACCAUGUUUCUAAGUGUAAAAAAAUUAAACACUGGAUGGGAAUAAUUGAUAAUCAAGAGGUGUCACUGGUGCUAUACAUCUUCCUGAUAGGGGUGCUAAAACUUAAAAAAAAGCAUUUCUGGAAAGUGCUUCAUUAGUGAGUCUUUUCUCCCCCAGGAACACUGGAGCUUUUGGCUCGUAUAACUUUGACCCAUUGGCCAAUAUUUAUUUAUAGUUUGCUGAAGCCAAUCCUGCAUGAAGCUGAACUAUUCAAAUAAUUGAAAAUGGCAAAAAUAAUAUAUACCAAGUUUCACGGUUCAUUGAAGAGGGAGAUCUCCGAUUUGCACCGUUCAAAAUUUCAACAUUCAGGAUCAAUACCCCUUCCACCAGCCAGUGUUCUGACUGAGAUCAAACCAAUCAGAUUCUUUCUCUGUUUUCCCGCAGUCCAUGAUUCACUAUCAUGCAGUGCUGUGCUUCAUACAUACAUUCUCACAAUUUUCUUCCUCUAAAUUAAGAUUGUGUCUUACAUUAGCAGAUUUCUUUUGGCCAGGAGUGACCUUUUUGCCUUAGCUAAUCAGAUUUUUAAGUUCUCAUUGUUUCCAAGGCAGCAGAAUUACUUGACUUCCGCUACUCCUAAUUACUUUCAUCUUUAUUAAAUUUACUACAAUUUUUCCUCAUGUUCACCACGGGUAGCAAUAUCCUUUCUCUCUUAAUUUUAAUCAUGCUCCUGAACCUUUUAUUAUAGUCAUUGCUUGAUGUAUAGAUUAAGCAGUAGGGGCAAAAAAUAUCACUACCUUACAGCCUUUAUGUAUUUCUCUAUAGCUUCACAUUGUUCAUUCCCCUCUCUCCUAGAAAUCCUGUGAACAUAUUUUACUCCCAUUGUCAAGUGCAACACCAUACCUGCCUCUCUGAUGGCUGUACCUUAACUAAACUUAAUCUGAUCACAGAUCCUAAAUUUUCAUUACAAUAUUGUAGUAUCUGAUGCUGCCUGUAGUAAGGUAAUGAGUUAGUCUGUUAUUUUUAGCAAAAGUGUUAUCACAAUAUGCAAUUGAAAUUUAAUAUACCUUCCAUCAAAUUUGGGCGAAUGUCUGGCAUACAGCUUAAUAUAGUAGUUUUUAGACAAA